AUGACCUCCUCUCAUCCAGAACACGUCUGGGCCGCCGCCGACCUGCUCCACAUUCCAGACUCCGACAUCCUGUCCUUCACCUUCUAUCAGAUCAAUCACCUGGAUCCCCACCGUCCGAUCUUCUUGGAGGCAAAAGAUCCACAUCUUUCCUAUUCCGCUCUUCAAGUUCGUCAACGCGUCCGUCAGCUGGCCAAAGGUCUCAGACAUCAUGGCCUGAACCCCGGCGAUUGCGUCUGCCUGCAUUCCUACAACAAUAUCCAUUAUCCCGUCCUCUGGUUGGGAAUCAUCGCCGCCGGCGGUAUUGUUUCGGGCUCAAAUCCUGCCUACACGGCUUCAGAGCUGACCCGCCAUUUUCACUUGACCCGGCCAAAAUUCAUCAUCACCCAAUCCGACGCCUUACCACCAAUUCUCCAGGCCACCGCAGCUUCGGGAAUCCCUUCAUCCAACGUCUUCUGCCUCGGCUCCCGAGAUGAUCAACUUUCACCCGACAAUGAUUGCAAAAGCUGGAUCUCCCUCUUGAACUUUGGCGAGUAUGACUGGCAACAGGAUCAACCCGGUGAUAGACCCACCCAAAGUCGAAUUGCGGUGUAUGCCAUGACCAGUGGCACCACUGGUCUUCCAAAAGCUGCUCUGAUCCCCCAUCGGUAUCUUGUCGCACAGACGGCAAUGCUCGAGGCUCGAGUGGGUCGAUCUGCUUACCAGCCCUCACAACUCAUAUGCCUACCUGUCUUUCAUGCAUUUGCGUCACCUUUGGCUCUUGUCAUUCCCCUGCGCUUAGGCAUACCCACCUAUUUUCUCCCUAGGUUCAACCUGGCUGAUUUCACAGCCGCCAUUCACAGAUUCUCCAUCACCGACUGCCCUGUCGUCCCACCCAUCAUCGCCGCCAUGAACCGUCUGUCAACUGAAGACCAAUAUCUUGUCAAAUCCCUGCGAUAUGUCGUUUGUGCCGGCGCACCCAUGACCGCUAGUGUUCAAACUCAAUUGUACAGUCUCCUCAGUCCCGACGCCGUCAUUGCGCAGUGUCUGGGUACGACAGAAACUGGAUGGCUGACUCUUUUCGACCCAGGCGAAAAGGACACUUCCGGAAGCGUUGGUCGAUUGAUGCCAAAUGUCGAGCUGAAACUGGUGGAUGAGAACGGCAACGUCAUCUCCAAGGACGACGUCCCAGGUGAAGGCUUUGUCCGUACCCCAGUCCUCUUUUCUGGUUAUCUCGGUAAUGCUCAAGAGACUGCCGCUUCCCUCGACCCCCAGGGUUUCUAUGGCACCGGCGACCUUCUGUAUGUGCACAACAACAAAGUGUUCCACGACGGCAGAAUCAAGGAAAUCAUGAAAGUCAAUGGGUGGCAGGUAUCACCGUCCGAGCUUGAGGGUGUCUUGUUACAGCAUCCUCGAAUCAUGGAUGUUGGGGUGGUGGGCCGUAGCAGCUUAAACCCCUCGGGCAUUCCAGAAACCCUGCCUCGUGCCUAUGUCGUUCGAAGACCUUUUCGGCCGUCUGACACAUCUCCAUUGUCCGAGGAUGAGGUCAAGACCUUCCUCGCCUCCAAAGUCAUCUCGUACAAACAGCUUAAAGGUGGGGUUGCGUUUGUCAAAGCCAUUCCACGAUCUAACACGGGCAAGAUCCUUCGGCGACUCCUGGAACAGGCAGAGAUUGAUGACAGCGAUAAUUUGUCAAGGUCGGAGCAACCCAAAAAGUUGCAAGUUGUCCUGAGAGGGGUCUACCGACCGUAG